UGUUAAAAAAAAGAAAAGAAAAGCUUUAACAUACCCGAACCCCCCAGUAACCCAAUGUAUCGUCUUCCUCUCAAUUAGACUUGCUUGCCUAUGGGUAUCGAUUGAUCGACCAGAUCUGUGUUCGAUUGGGUACCAACUAUAUUAUUCAAUUGGCCGCCUUUAUCUUUGGUGAGUUCAAAGUAAUCCCUGUGUCUGAGCCAUGGCUGCACCGUUUUUCUCAACGCCUUUUCAGCCUUAUGUUUAUCAGAGCCCGCAAGAUGCAAUUAUACCUUUUCAGAUUUUAGGGGGUGAAGCUCAAGUGGUUCAGAUAAUGCUGAAGCCACAAGAAAAAAUCAUCGCAAAGCCUGGUUCCAUGUGCUUUAUGUCUGGAUCUGUUGAAAUGGAAAAUGCCUACCUUCCAGAAAAUGAAGUAGGCAUGUGGCAGUGGUUAUUUGGCAAAACCAUAGCUAGCAUUGUUCUUCGCAAUGCUGGACCAAGCGAUGGAUUUGUUGGAAUUGCUGCACCUUAUUUUGCAAGAAUUCUUCCGAUCGAUUUGGCAAUGUUCAAUGGAGAGAUAUUGUGUCAGCCAGAUGCAUUUCUUUGCUCUGUGGGUGAUGUGAAGGUUAGCAACAUAGUUGAUCAGAGGGGACGACAUGUUGUUGCUAAUGCUGAGGGAUUCUUGAGGCAGAAGCUAUGUGGCCAAGGACUUGCAUUCAUACUAGCGGGUGGAUCUGUUGUACAGAAAAAUCUUGAGAUCGGUGAAGUUCUAGCUGUUGAUGUUUCUUGCAUUGUUGCUGUGACAAGUACAGUCAAUAUCCAAAUAAAAUAUAAUGGUUCUGCAAGGAGGACAAUGUUUGGAGGUGACAAUGCGGUCACGGCUCUUCUAACCGGACCAGGCAUUGUGUUCAUGCAAAGUUUACCAUUUCAUCGACUCUCUCAACGAAUUGCUAGGGCGGUGACAUCACCAAACAUGAGGGAAAAUCCAAAGUUUUUCGUACAGAUUGCUGUUUUCUUUUUUCUGGCGUAUGUUGUCAUUAUAUCUUCAUUAAUAUUAACAGAUGUAUGAAAUUCACUUUAUAUUUUCUUUUGUAAUUUUUACUUUUCUCCUGUUAUACCAUCAUAGAUACAGUAAUGAGGGGAGAGGGGGAAAAAUUAAGCCUUGGAUUCCUCGGUUGAUAACGGAUUUCUUGUUGGCUGAUCCUCUAUACCAAUUAGAAAAUGAAAAAACAUCCCAUGUUAUGUCUAUCACUAAAAUAGAAUUUAUUUAAU